GUUCAGAAGGGAGUAACCGCUCCCUGUGAUUCACCACUCUCACAUUUCACAAUUGUUUCUCACAUUCUUUCCUAGGCCUUUAAGCAUUUCUCCUUGUCAUAAAGAAUUCUUUGAGGGGCCAGCACUGUGGCAAAGCAGGUAAAGCCACCGCCUGCAGCGCCAGCAUCCCAUAUGGGCACCAGUUCUAGACCCAGCUGCUCCUCUUCUGAUCCAGCUCUCCGCUAUGGCCUGGGAAAGCAGUACAAGAUGGCCUGAGUGCUUGGGCCCCUGCACCCACAUGGGAGACCUGGAAGAAGCUCCUGGCUUCAGAUCGGCGCAGCUCCAGCCAUUGUGGCCAUUUGGGGAGUGAACCAGUGGAUGGAAGACCUCUCUCUCUCUCUCCCUCUCUCUCUGCCUCUGACUCUCUGUAACAACAAAUCUUUAAAACAAUUUUUUUCUUUGACCCUGCCAAGAUUCACCGUGAAGCUAGCCCAGCAGGCUUCCUCGGGUGCUGAGCACCUAGGCUGUGGUGGACACGCACAAGCAAUGCUGCGCGGGACAUCUCUGCACCCCAGGUGGCCGGAGCCUGGAGGAGGCGACUUCCGUGGUCUCGACAGGCACGGUGCUAGGGAAGGGGCUCUUGCGAGAGCAUGAGAGACAAGACGUGAUGCAGGGCGAGGCUCAGCAGGCCCGGGCGGCAGCGCCGAAACAGCUUCAGGGAGCCCUUGAGGAGAAAGAGGCCCCACGGUGAGGCGUAGCCACCGAGGAAGAGACGCAGCAGGCACGUGGCUGGCGGAAGACGUUGGAACUGUCGGAUCAGCGUCCCACAUCUGCGGAGGCUGCAGUCGGCGAGAAAGAGGCCCAACACUUGUCUUCCUCCGCUUGGCCGCUCCUAACCCGCUUGAAGCAGUGACGUCUGUUCACGUCACUCGUGCGGGUGCGCUUGCGAGCCCCUGCUGUAGGCAUCUGCACCUGCGGCCUGGAGGGCUGUCCGAGACUGAGCAGGGCCGACCCGCCCACAGCAGGCCUCAGCAGUUAACCCGACCUGGGCAGGCGCCAGCGUCUGUGGGGUUGCUGGAUCCUGCCCCUUCCUCAGCCCCCAGCAGAGAACAUCUGAGUUCGAAUCCAGAUAAGGGGCCUGCUUUACGUAGGCGCAGCCAUGGCCUGUCCCUGGAGGUUUCUGUUCAAGGCCAGAUCCCAGCAAUACGACCUGACAGAGGAAAAGGACAUCAACAACAACGUGGGCAAAGGCACCAGUGAGCUCUGCAGCCCAGCGACACAGGAUGACCCCAAGUGUCACAGCCUCAGCAAGCACCAAGAUGACUCCCCCCAGCCCCCGGCAGCGACAGCAAAGAAGUCUCCAGAAUCUCCUGGCAAGCAGGACGUGCCCCCAUCGGCCUGCCCACGGCACGUGAGAAUCAGAAACUGGGGCAGUGGGAUGACUCUGCAAGACACUCUGCACCUCAAGGCCAAAGAGGACUCCACUUGCAAGUCCCAUUAUUGCCAGGGGGCCGUCAUGAACCCCAAAGAGAUGAUCCGAGGGCCCCGGGACAGGCCCACCCCUGCGGAAGAGCUGCUCCCGCAAGCCAUCGAGUUUGUCAACCAGUACUACGGCUCCUUCAAAGAGGCAAAAAUAGAGGCACAUCUGGCCAGGGUGGAAGCGGUCACAAAGGAGAUAGAAACAACAGGAACCUACCAGCUCACGGGGGAUGAGCUCAUCUUCGCCACCAAGCAGGCCUGGCGCAACGCCCCUCGCUGCAUCGGCAGGAUCCAGUGGUCCAACCUGCAGGUCUUUGAUGCCCGGAGCUGCUCCACUGCACAGGAAAUGUUUGAACACAUCUGCAGGCAUCUGCGUUACGCCACCAACAACGGCAACAUCAGGUCCGCCAUCACCGUGUUCCCCCAGCGGAGUGACGGCAAGCACGACUUCCGAGUCUGGAACUCUCAGCUCAUCCGGUACGCGGGCUACCACAUGCCCGACGGCACCAUCCAAGGGGACCCAGCCAACACCGAGUUCACGCAGCUGUGCAUCGACCUGGGCUGGAAGCCCAAUUUCGGCCGCUUCGACGUGCUGCCUCUGGUCCUGCAGGCCGACGGCCGGGACCCCGAGCUCUUUGAAAUCCCCGCUGACAUUGUGCUCGAGGUGCCCAUGGAGCAUCCCAAGUACGAGUGGUUCCGGGAGCUGGAGCUGAAGUGGUACGCCCUGCCUGCCGUGGCCAACAUGCUGCUUGAGGCCGGCGGCCUCGAGUUUCCCGCGUGCCCCUUCAACGGCUGGUACAUGGGCACAGAGAUCGGAGUCCGGGACUUCUGUGACGUCCAGCGCUACAAUAUCCUGGAGGAGGUGGGCAGGAGGAUGGGACUGGAGACGCACAGGCUGGCGUCGCUGUGGAAAGAUCAGGCCGUCACAGAGAUCAACAUCGCCGUGCUCCACAGCUUCCAGAAGCGGAACGUGACCAUCAUGGACCACCACUCGGCGGCCGAGUCCUUCAUGAAGCACAUGCAGAACGAGUACCGCUCGCGCGGCGGCUGCCCGGCCGACUGGAUCUGGCUGGUCCCCCCGAUGUCCGGGAGCAUCACCCCCGUGUUCCACCAGGAGAUGCUCAACUACAUCCUGUCCCCUUUCUACUACUACCAGGUAGAGGCGUGGAAAACCCACGCGUGGCAGGACAUGAAGAAGAAGCCCCAGAGGAGAAGGCUGCAGUUCCGAGUCCUGGGGAGAACUGCCCUCUUUGCCUCUGUGCUGAUGCGCAAGACCUUGGCGGUCCGUGUCAGGGCCACCAUCCUCUUUGCCACGGAGACGGGAAAGUCGGAAGCGCUGGCCCGGGACCUGGGCGACUUGUUUGGCUGCGCCUUCAACCCCACGGUCCUUUGCAUGGAUGAAUACCAGCUGAGCAACCUGGAGCGGGAGCAGCUGCUGCUGGUGGUGACCAGCACGUUUGGCAAUGGAGACUCCCCCGGCAAUGGAGAGAAACUGAAGAGGUCCCUCUUCAUGCUGAAGGAGCUCACCAACAAGUUCAGGUACGCGGUCUUCGGCCUCGGCUCCAGCAUGUACCCUCAGUUCUGCGCCUUUGCCCGUGACAUUGACCAGAAGCUGUGCCACCUGGGGGCCUCCCAGCUCGCCCCGCUCGGCGAAGGGGAUGAGCUCAGUGGGCAGGAGGACGCCUUCCGCAGCUGGGCCGUGCAGACCUUCAAGGCAGCCUGUGAGACGUUUGGCAUCCGAGGCAAAGAACGCAUUCAGAUCCCCAAACUCUACACGUCCAGUGUGACCUGGGAGCCGCACCACUACAGGCUCGUGCAGGACUCCCAGCCUUUGGACCUGAACAGAGCCCUCAGCAGCCUGCACGCCAAGAAUGUGAUGACCAUGAAGCUCAAAUCUCUGCGGAAUCUACAGAGUCCAAGAUCCAGCCGAGCCACCGUCCUGGUGCAGCUGUCCUGCGAGGGCAGCCCUGGCCUGAGCUACCUGCCCGGAGAGCACCUCGGGGUUUGCCCCAGCAACCAGCCGGCCCUGGUCCAAGGCAUCUUGGAACGAGUAGUGGACUGUCCUGACCCCCACCAAACCGUGCAUCUGCAGAUCCUGGCUGAGAGCGGCAGCUACUGGGUCAGAGACAAGAGGCUGCCCCCCUGCUCACUCAGCCAAGCCCUCACCUACUUCCUGGACAUCACCACGCCCCCAACCCAGCUGCUGCUCCAGAAACUUUCCCGACUGGCCACGGAAGAGGCCGAGAGACAGCGGCUGGUGACCUUGUGCCAGCCCUCAGAGUACAACAAGUGGAAGCUCACCAACAGCCCCACGUUCCUGGAGGUGCUGGAGGAGUUCCCGUCGCUGCGGCUGUCUGCUGCCUUCCUGCUGUCCCAGCUGCCCAACCUGAAGCCCCGAUACUACUCGAUCAGCUCCUCCCAGGACCACACGCCCACGGAGGUCCACCUCACCGUGGCCGUGGUCACGUACCGCCCCCGAGGUGGCCAGGGACCCCUGCACCAUGGAGUCUGCAGCACGUGGCUCAGCAGCCUGAAGCCCCAAGACCCAGUGCCCUGCUUCGUGCGGAGUGCCAGCGGCUUCCAGCUCCCCGAGGACCCCUCCCAUCCCUGCAUCCUCAUUGGGCCCGGCACGGGCAUCGCCCCCUUCCGCAGUUUCUGGCAGCAGCGACUCCAUGACUCCGAGUACAAAGGGCUCCGGGGCGGCCGCAUGAUCCUGGUGUUCGGGUGCCGCCACCCAGACGAGGACCACCUGUACUGGGAGGAGUUGCUGGAGAUGAUGCAGAAGGGGGUGCUGAGCGGGGUGCACACGGCCUACUCGCGCCUGCCCGGCCAGCCCAAGGUGUACGUUCAAGACCUGCUGCGGCAGAAGCUGGCCGACGAGGUGCUGCGUGUCCUCCUGGAGGAGCCAGGCCACAUCUACGUGUGUGGGGGCGUGUGCAUGGCCCGGGACGUGGCCCUCGUCCUCAAGCAGCUGGUGGCUGCCAAGCUGAGCCUGAGCGAGGAGCAGGUGGAGGACUAUUUCUUCCUUCUCAAGAGCCGGAAGCGCUACCACGAAGAUAUCUUUGGCGCAGCAUUUCCCUACGAGGUGCAGAGGUCGGAGCAGCCCGGCGACACCGGGCUCUGACAGCCCACGGAGAAGCUAAAGGCACGGAAUCUGAGGAUGGAGCUGACUUCUGACUAUCCAGGUCGCGGGGCCUGGGCAGGAGGAGGAACGUGAUUAUCCCAAAGCCUCGAACAUCUCCUUUCUGCACUGCCAGGGUGCAGCCUGCACUGGGUGGAGCCUCUUCUCUCCCUGGAACCCACCUUCACAGGGGUCAGAGGAGCGGGGACCUCUCUGGUCCCUACACCAGGCCUGGCAAGUCAUUGCUCCGCUCUGAGUGACCACCAGGGGACGCUGUCCUGCAACUGUAUAUGACCGCCCUGUGUAUAGUUAUUUAUGCCUCUGUAUUUAAAAAAAAUACUCCAAUGUGUUCCCAAGGGCCUCUUGGGCCUUCCCUAUAUGUUUAUUUGAUAGAAAUAUUUAUAUGAAAUAUAUUUUAUUCCAACCACA